AUGGGCUACCGGCCCUGCAUCAUUUGGCUGCCGGCGGCCGAGAUGUUGCUGGAGAACUGGGUUGUGAAGAUGUGCAGCGCUUUUCACGUUUUCUUCCAUGCUCAGGCACUCCAGGCAGCCGACAUGUCUGAGUGGAAUCAGUUGGACACAGAGGCGGCGCGCAGGGAAUACUUGCGCGCAGCAGUCGCCGACUACGUGGCUUUCACACCGUCAGCCGUCCAGGCAGACGACAUUUAUCGCUGA